AUGGCCGCUAUUAACCGCCGUACCCUAUCCAGUUUUGCCCAUUAUUCACGACUCCGCAGAGUGAAAUUCUCACUCGAGCUUGCCAAAGAAGAUGACCUUCCCGAGCUCAUAACCGAACAGUGGGAAGCGUUUGACAAUCCUCCGCAGGGCAUUUUUCGUCUCUUCUUCCCCAUUGAAGAUGGCGAUUGGGAAAAGAGCCUACAGAGAAGUAUCGAGGACCAGCGCACGUCUUUCAUCAGGGAGCAGCCGACCGUCAAAUGGAUCAAGGUGAUGGAUGUAGAGAAAAAACGGAUUGCGGCCGCUGCCAAAUGGUAUUUCUUCGACAAUGCCAGCUUUUUGGCCAAACGCCCAACGGUCGAGGUUGAUUGGUAUCCCGAAGGGGUGAUCAGGAACCUUCUGACUCAGGCUGUGAAGCAAUAUGAGCAGCCACGGCAUGAGAUGGGCCAACGGCCACAUGAACGUAAGUCUAUUCUGUUGUGA